GUGAGACUCGCGACACCUGCGUGUGACGUCACGUGACAUUCAGUGUCCUGAGGCGACAAGAAAUGGUGUCAAGUUUGUUUAUAAAACUUCUGUGAAAGUUUAUCGCGUCUCAUUGUGUUGUGUAAAAGAUGAGCUCGAAUGCACAGGACCUUACAGAAGACAUACAGCAUCAGCAGGUCACGUCCACAAUCCUCUACCUGCUUCUGGAGGCCACCAAACUCACUCCACAUGCAGGUGACGAGAGCUCAUCGUCCUCAACGGCACCCAGAGAGACGUCCCGCCACAGCCACGUCCAUGAAGACUCUUCAUCAGACUUCACAGGCUCUUUCUCGCUGGUGCGUGAGUCUGAUAGCAGCAGUGCAUGGGAGGUGAUGCGUCUGAUAAAUCAGCAGUGUGAGUGGUUACUGCGCUCUGGAGAUGAAGAGCGGACUCAAGCCCACGCCGCAGAGACUCUGCUAAACCCGUGCGGUGACCCCAGCGCCCAGAGUCCCUCAUCUGCGGCCGUCCACAGCGUUCAGCCCACACACGUGAGCGGGGAAGAAGAAAUAAAAGAAGCCGACGGCCUGGCUGAGCUUAUGAUGAAGAGCAAUACAGAAGAGAACAUCUGUCUGAGUGAAAACGCAUCCACGCUGCAUGACGUGUCCAGAGAUGAGUCGCAUGACAGUGAAUGUGUUGCCCUGUACGCCGGCUCUGAGCGCACUGACCCCGAGAUCUGCCCCGUGGAUUUCAUCUCCUGUCUGGUGUCUGAGCGAGACGCUGAUGACCUGUGGCUUCCUAUCAAUGCUUAUGAGAGGACGCAGGCUCACAGGGAACCAGCGGACAUCAAUAAUAACCAAUUGGAGAGCCUGCAGAAAGACAUCCAGGAGUCAGGCAGGCACACGCAGAGGAAGCAGCCUCAUCCCGCCCGGAGCCCCGAUCCUCAGGACCCUGAUGUGCAGGGGGUCACGUUCAGCAUUCACCCAGAGGUGGACACCAGCACGGACCGGUGCAAGCUGGUUAUCACCUCCAACUACAGUGAGGAGAUGAGACGCCUGAGAAGACCCAGGAGCGGCCGCUGUAGAUCUCUCCAAACCUCACAGAGGAGCAGCAGCUCAGAGGAGGAGAGCGACUCCUGCAGGGUGUCCCGAGGUAAAAUCUGUGCGUCCUGUCUCACGAGAAAAACUCCGCUCUGGAGAGACGCUGAAGACGGGACUCCUCUCUGUAACGCCUGCGGGAUCAGGUAUAAGAAGUAUCGUGUGCGAUGUCACCAUUGCUGGAAUAUUCCAAAGAAAGACGCCAAGAGCAACUCAAAGUGUUUGAAAUGUGGUGAUGUUCUCCGGCUGAACUCACAGCAGAAAUGCGGCGGCUGGUAGGACAUGUGCUCUCACUGUUUGUGGUCAUGUGGUGCUUCAUCUCAUCUGACGGACGGUUAGUACAGUGAUGUGUCAGAAUCUGAAACUGACAGCGCACACAAAUGUGUGUCAUUCUCCGGAUGAACUGGUGUCAAUUUUGCUCUUUGACAGAUUGUGACUGUUUGUGACGUUGUCCUUUUAUAUGACCCGUGUUUGUUUGUUUCAUUUGAAGUGUUAUUUAUGUAGAUUUAUUUCUAC